AUGGAUGACCAAGAUCUGCUACUACCCUCCACAUCUGUCGGCUCACUUACUCGGUCUCCCGACAACAACAACAAUAACAACACCGCUUCCUCCUCUGCGCCACAAGCCGGCAACAAGAAGAAGUCGUCUCGGAGGGGCGGUGACACCGCAUCACAGAAGCGACGUUGUGUUUCCACUGCCUGCAUCGCCUGCCGCCGGAGAAAAUCAAAAUGCGACGGCGCGGUGCCCAGCUGCGCGGCUUGCGCCAGCGUCUACGGCACCGAGUGCGUCUAUGACCCCAACUCGGAUCACCGCCGGAAGGGCGUCUACCGCGAAAAGAUUGACAGCAUGAAGGCCCGAAACUCGACCCUGCAGAUCCUCAUCGAGGCCAUUCUCAACGCAAACGAGGACGAGGUCCCCGACAUCGUCAAGAGGAUCCGCACCUGCGACAGCCUCGACACCGUCGCCGAGCAGAUCCUCAAACACGAGACCAUGCUCCAGGAGGCCGAGGACAACGACAACGGCGACGACGGAUACACGACCGAGAUGCCCAUCGAGGGCGAGAGGGAGCUCGCCCGCAAGAUGGGCGAGCUGCGCCUCGAGAACGGCUCCGUUCGCUUCAUCGGCGGCACCUCUCAUCUCAUCUACCUAGGCGACUCGGGCGACGCCAACCUCAAUGAGCCAGAGUCGGAAGCGAAUCUUGCCAAUGAGGACCCUAUUGCCAGCUGGACCCGUGUCACUCAGGACAAGGAGCUCAUUGCCCACCUCAUGAACAUGUACUUCAACUGGCACUACACCUACUUCACAACACUGUCAAAAACGUUGUUCUAUCGGGAUUUCUUCAGGGGGAAACUUGGCUCGCAGCACAAGGGCACCAUUUACUGCUCGCCGCUGCUCGUCAACGCCAUGCUGGCUCUCGGCUGCCACUUCACGAGCGUGCCGGGCGCCUACGGCACCCCCGGCGACAGCCGGACCAAGGGCGAUCACUUCUUCGCCGAGGCGAAGCGCCUCAUUGUCGAAAAUGACGAGUACGAGCGGCCCCGCCUUACCACCGUCCAAGCCCUCGCCCUCAUGUCCGUCCGCGAGGCUGGUUGCGGCCGCGAGGCCAAGGGUUGGGUUUAUUCGGGCAUGGCCUUCCGCAUGGCCCAGGAUAUCGGUCUCAACUUCGACGACGGCGGCAUGUCCCCUGACAAGGAGAACCUGGGCGAGCACGCCGUUGACGCCCGACGCAUGACCUUCUGGGGCUGUUUCCUCUUCGACAAGGCCUGGUCCAACUACAUGGGAAGGUUACCACAGAUACCCAAGAACUCGUACAACGUGCCAAAGUACGACGUCUUCCCCGGCGAGGACGCCGAGCUGUGGGCGCCCUACACGGACACGGGUUUCGACCAGACCUCGAAGCAGCCGUCGAGGACGCGCGCCGUGGGGCUGCAGCUGUCCAAACUGUGCGAGAUCAGCAGCGAUCUGCUACUGUUCUUCUACCAUCCUAACCACAUCGGCCGUUCGAGCGGCAAGUCCAUCGAGCUGAAGAAGCUCAGUGAGCUGCAUCGAAGGUUGGAAGACUGGCGAAAGGAGCUGCCAAAGGAGCUGGAACCUAAGGAGGGCCAGUUACCCAAUGUCAUUCUCGUACACAUGUUCUUCCAUCUGCAAUACAUUCACCUCUUCCGCCCCUUCCUAAAAUACACCCCAGCCGCCUCGCCGCUACCUUCGCACGUCUCGCCACGACGCAUCUGUACCGCCAACGCGGGCGCUAUCUCCAAGUUGAUGCGCCUCUAUAAGAAGACGUGGAACCUGCGGCAGAUCUGCAACAUCGCCGUCUACAUGAUUCACAGCGCCUGCACGAUCCACAUGCUCAAUUUGCCCGAGAAGACGGCCAAGCGCGACAUCAUCCAUGGCGUGAAGCACCUCGAGGAAAUCGCCGAAGACUGGCUCUGCGCGCGCCGCACGCUGAGCAUCAUCAGCGUUCUCGCGCGCAAAUGGAACGUCGAGCUCCCCGAAGAGGCCUCGGCCGUGCUGCAGCGGACGGACGACAAGUACGGCACCUUCAGCACGUCCGACGUGCCUUCGCCGCACUCCAACGUGACGACGUCACCCUCGCCACCGCAGCAGCAGCCUGUUUCGCCGACGACUGCCGGAGGGAAGCACGGGGAGCAGUACAGUCCGCUGAACCAGUAUUCUCAGCCACACGCGGGCGACGCCGACGUGACGCCGAGCCAGACGGACCUGCUCAUGGCAAGCGCAUCGCUGGCGCAGAUCAGCGGCGCGAGGCCGCCGUCGCGGCAGCUCCUCGGUGGCGGCGGCGCGGCGUCCGGCAGUCUGGGCGACAUGGGGCAGGGCUCACUCAGCGGAUGGCCGCAGGCGGGACUAACACAAUCAAUACCGACGUAUCAGCAACAACAGCGACAGCAACAGCAACAGCAACAUCAUCAACAACAGCAGCAGCGGCGGCAGCAGCGGCAGCAGCAGCAGCAGCAGCAGCAACAACAAGGAUACAACGCGAUGAACAACCCUCCACAAAACAACCUCGCAUCGUCGGGCAACAGUCGCCCUGGUCCACCAAACGGACGGCAGGUCUCGCCAGGACAGGUCUUCCAGGGCCUCGACCAGGACUGGUUUCUUAACGACGGCGCAAAGUGGCAUCAGAACUUUGAAGCGUGGAAUAUGGCGGCGGCUGCGGCCGCUGGCGGACCCGGGGCGGGGAUGCCAACGGGUACCGGGGACCAGAUUUUCAUGUUUUCCAACGGUAACAGCGGCACCGGCAACGGCGGCACGGGAGGCGGCGCCGGCGCCGGCGGAGGUAUGCCGCAACCGCAGAGGCAGUCAUCCGAGGAUAACCACAGCCCCAACUUUGACGGGCUGAGCUCGCUGAACACCAACGGUUGGCUGCCAGGCUUAGACUAG